CGUACUAUAAUUGAGAGAGGCGAAAUCGUGGUAGACAUUGCCAUGCGUGCGUACUCGUAGAGAUAUAAACAAUAAUAGAAAAUGUUUGUAAACAUAUUGUUUAAGGCUUGAAUUUUGAAGUCAAUAACAACAGUUUUUAAGUAAACUCAUCAAGAAAGCGUAUAAUGAAGAAAUAUUACUGCAUUUUCGGUGAAGGCAGUAAGAUUCAUCAAGUGAUAUGUGCUAUUUUAAUAAACUUACCAGUAUUCUCGUAUGGUACUACCCUUGGAUGGAUGUCACCAAUGAGUCUCCUGCUGCAGUCAAAUGAUUCGCCCAGGCAACCACCAUUGACUGAUACAGAGAUAUCUUGGAUGGCAUCUGUGGCAUAUUUAGUUUGCAUAGCAACUGAUUUUGUAAUAGGAUACAUGGGAGACAAAAUCGGACGAAAAUUGACAUUGAUUUUUGUAUCUGCUUCGACUGCUUGUUGCUGGAUAAUUAAAUUAUCAUCAAUGGAGGUUUGGGCAUUUGUGCUUGCAAGAGCUAUAGUUGGAUUUCCUAUGGCCGGUGCUUUUGUCACAUGCCCGCUCUAUACGAAGGAAAUUAGUGAAGAUAGUAUUAGAGGGUCAUUAGCAUCUUUUGUUAUAUUAUUUCAUACAACGGGAAAUCUCUUCCUCUAUAUCAUUGGUGAUAUAUUCAGCUACAACACCAUCCUAUGGAUUUGUCUGGCAUUACCAACCAUACACAUUUUACUGUUCAUGAUGAUGCCAGAAUCACCUUCGUACUUAGUAAAAAGAGGGAAGUUACAAGAAGCAGCCAGUGUUCUAGCAUGGCUCCGAUGUAGAGAGGAAGAAGAUAUUGUAAUUAAACAAGAACUAGAGAGAAUUAGACAAGAAUUAAAAAAAGAUGAAGAAAGUAGUAAAUUUGUUCUUAAAGCUAUACUGACGGACAAAAUAGUAUUCAGAACAUUCUGCAUAGCUAUGGUAGUGGCUCUUGGAAGAGAAGUAUGUGGAGCGGUACCAGUUAUAAACUUUGCUGGAGAUAUCUUCUCAUCAUCAUCAAAGGGUACAGGAUUGUUAAUGACUCCAAAUCAACAGGCGAUGGUUUUAGGAGCAGUGCAAGUUGCUGGAUCGAGUUUCGCAUCAAGUGUCGUUGAGAGAUCUGGUAGAAAGCCUCUUCUCUUCAUAACAUCACUGGUAUCUGGUCUCAGUAUGUGCAUACUAGCCUCGUGGUUCGUGGCUCGAGACUUUGGCCUUCUAGCACCAGCGUGGCUGCCAGUAGUGACGUUAUGCGUUUGCAUUUUCUGUGACUCGUCAGGCUUGCUACCAGUAUCUGUUAUUAUUAACGGAGAAAUGUUUUCUUUUAAGUAUCGAGGUACCGUCAUGGCAGCUGCAACAGCUGCAGGAUCAUUAGUUGCCUUCCUCGAAACGUUGUUCUUCAAACCACUAGCCAAGUCCAUGGGCAUUCAUGUGGCAUUUUACUUUUUUGGAAUUUUAUGUUUAUUCGUUGCCGUUUAUGUUAUACUGGUACUUCCAGAAACUAAAAUGAAAAGUGUUGAGGAAAUUCAGGAUAAAUUGAAAACAAAAAAGGAGAGAGAAGAAGAUAAAAGAAAAUUAGAAGAGAAUGGUGGGAAUAAGGAGACUUGUUAAAACUUGUUGAAAUUUAUUGUAUUAAAUUAGAUAAUUAUUUAUUAUAAUCAAAGAUGUUUAUUAGUAAGAUAUUUAUACACUAACAAACGAACUAACUGGCUAUUCAAUGGAAAGUGCUAGCCGCUGCCUACAGACUUGAACAGUAAGAGUCACUUUUUUAAGAAUAGUGUUAGGACAUUUAACCUUUGAAAUAUUUUUAUGAUUUUUUAUUAUUUUACCAAUUGUUUUUUAAAUUGCUCUCAGGCAAGCACAAGCUGCUUGGCAACGUACAUAUACAUGAAAUAAGAGGACAUAGAGUUUUGUAUAAAUUGUAAAUAAAGUAGCUGUAAAUUGACAAAAA